AUGUCGGCGUCUCAAAGAAAGGAAGAGGAGGCCGAGCUCUUCAUUGCCUCUGACCUUGAGGCAUCGGAGGAUGUUCCCCCCUCCGCUGACGAACGCCCGAGAUGCUUCGUCGGGGCAUGCGUCGUAGGCCUCGCAGCGAUGGCAUUGAUGGCCACUGCCUUGCUGCUGUGGGACUGGUCGACGGAAGAGCAGAGGAGAAAGCCACACCUGCGCUUGCUGCAAGCGGCGGGUGGAGGUAGCGUCAUUGGAUCCUGCUGGCUCAAAUUUGGUGCUAUGCUGGGCAAAGCUGUCGCAUCAGCUGGCGACUUCAUCGCGCGGCUUUUCGGCAGUGCUGGACGCUGCAUCCAUUCCAUGUUCGCUGCAGUGAACCAAGGCUUUGGAGACUGCUGCGGGACUGUGGGCGGCCAACUGCAUCGAUGUCCGGGCUGCGGAGGAUGGUGCUCCCACUGUUGGAAUGCUACUGGCCGAUGUAUGGGAGGAUGCUGUGUGUCCGUUGGAGACCUGGUCAAUGGGAUGUUCGUGGUCUUCGGAUCCACAGUCUCUUCUUGCUGCGGGGUCUUGGGCAACUUCUUCCAUACUUCGUGGUCUACCUGUGGCAACUUCUUGAACGAAACCUGUCCGUUCUGA